CAAGUUCUCUCUCAGGACCCACAAGUUUGCCUUGUUGCUUUUUGUGCUCUAGAAUAUUUCUUGUUUUUUAAUAGUUUUUGCCUUUUUGGGGAAACUCUGGGGUCCAUCAGGGCACAGUUUGAGUGCGCGAUGGCUGAACUGGUGCGAAUCCGUAAGAAACGUCUGCAGAUGCCCAUCAAUAGGCUGAGGAGCAUCUUGAAGCAGCUGGAGGAGAAAGAUGUUGACUUUGAGGAGAUCAAAAGGAAUCUGGAUGUCACAGCAUCGUUGCUGGAGGCUGUUUAUCUCGAUGGAACAAGGCAGUGCUUAGAGUCUGAAGACGACCUCCAGCAGCUUCAGUCGGAUGGUGUGCCUGCAGAGGUCACCGACUGGCUGGCGUCGACGUUUACUCAGAGAGCAAGACGACCUGGGCGCCGUACGGAUGAGAAGCCCAAGUUCCGUAGCAUCGUGCAUGCUGUGCAGGCUGGGAUAUUUGUGGAGAGAAUGUUCAAGAGGGCCUACACGGCCGCCAUGCCCGACCAACCUGCAGCCGUCGUAAACUGUCUGAGGGACGUUGACCGCUGGAGUUUUGACGUAUUUGCCCUGAACGCAGCCAGCUCCGAUCACGCCCUGCAGACGCUCUUCUUCGAGCUCAUUACCAGAUAUGAGCUCAACAGCCGCUUUAAGAUCCCCAUCUCUAGUCUGACACUGUUCCUGUCGGCCGUGGAGCGAGGAUACUGCAAACACAACAACCCGUACCACAGCCAUGUACACGCCGCCGAUGUCACCCAGACGCUGCACUGCCUACUGCUGCGCUCUGGCCUCGUGCACUGGCUGACAGAGUUGGAGGUCAUGGCGGCACUUUUUGCUGCAACUAUCCACGACUACGAGCACACAGGAACCACAAACAACUUUCACAUCCACACAAAGUCGGAGUUUGCGCUGAUCUACAAUGACAGGGCGGUGCAGGAAAGUCAUCACCUGAGCGCAGCAUUCCGCCUCCUACAGGAUGACCAAAUGAACAUCUUCAUCCAUUUGACUCGAGAGGAAUGGAUGGAAUUGCGCUCACUCGUCAUCGAGAUGGUGUUGUCCACAGACAUGUCCUCUCACCUCCUCCAAGUCAAAGCAAUGAAAUCCUGCCUACAACAACAGGAACGAAUUGAGAAGUCCAAGGCACUAUCUCUGUUACUUCACACAGCUGACAUCAGCCAUCCAUCUAAACCCUGGAUAUUGCACUCUCGAUGGACCAAAGCCCUGAUGGAGGAGUUUUUUAGACAGGGUGAUAGAGAGGCGGAACUGGGCCUGCCCUUCUCUCCUCUGUGUGAUCGAAAAAGCACCCUGGUGGCCGAAUCUCAGAUCGGUUUCAUAGACUUCAUCGUAUACCCGACCUUCUCCUUACUUACCGACAUGGCUGAGAAGAUAGUGGUUCCUUUGGUGGAGGAGAACCCUGGUCCACUGGACCCCUGUAAUAGACACAGUCAUCUGUGGAAGGAGAGCUCCAGGGGGCUGCAGUGGAGUUUGGCCCACGUCACAGCCGAGCUGGUCAGCUUCCGUUCCACGUGGACGCGACACACCGACGACAACAAGCUCAAAUGGAAAGACAGCGGAUCUAACGGAUUCUCUGAAGUGACAGAAGAGCAGAGAAAGGUACAACAGGAGCCGCCGCACAAAUCUAAGCAGGACGCGAGGAAAGACACACAACAGUAGAGAGCACUUCUUUUUCUUUUCUUUUUUUUUUUUAAUGAUGGAUCCGUUUCACGUAAGAGUCACUGUUUGUAACAAAGUCACAUUGCUGUUUUACUGUCCUCAUGUCCUUAUGUCUCAUUUUAGUGUAGUAGGGUAAAUGAAUUACAAUGUGCACAUGCUGGCCAUGUUAUGCAAACUAGACCGUGUUA